UCCAGAUCUUCAGCUGUCAGCACUCUGUUAGACAGUCGUGUUCCACUUCCCAAGUGCCCUCUUCAACUCAAAAACUUGAUCUUGUGAAUACACCACGGUACUGCCGAGUCCUCAACGCACCUCAAAUCUCAAAGAUCUCGAAUCAUACCAACGUCAAUCAGCACCCAAACGUCGCCAUGGACUACAGCUUUUACGGCGCUUCGCAGCAACCCUACCACUACCUGGGCAUGUCGGAAAAUGCCUAUGGAAACACCGGAAUUGAUCUGGAAGCAAUGCGCAGUGGGGAACCUCUCGAUGCAGGUCUGUUCUCAGGUACCUACGAUGCCUUCGCUUUUCACGGCUUGCCGACCCCGCAGCACGGUGGCUCGCCAGCCAACGCCAUACAGACCCCUCAUCCUCUACCAACAGCCGGUAGCGUGGAUUCCGGGCUUGGUGGGGAAAUGGACGAUGGCGGCGUGAGCAGAGCACGGAGCAGCAGCGAAGAAAAGGAGGCAAACCUCACGCCUGCGCAGAGCAGGCGGAAGGCGCAAAACAGAGCAGCCCAGCGCGCCUUCCGCGAACGCAAAGAACGCCAUGUGCGCGACCUGGAAGCCAAACUCAACGCCCUCGAAAACAACAGACACUCCCUUCAAUCAGACAAUGAGCGCCUGAAGCUGGCGCUGCAGCGCGCCCGCACCGAAAACGAGAUCCUCCGCGCCACAUCUGGCCAUUCGCCUUCUUCAUCACGGAGAGUCUCGGCCAGCUACCCUUCGCCAGGCGCACAUCUUCCAGAUGAGGAGAUGGAAGAGGAGGGAUAUAAUGUACAGUCACUCAGCAACGGUAGCGUUGUCAAUGCCGCCGACAAAGACCAUGCUGCCUCACGCCACAAGACGAAUGGCAGAGAGGUACCAGCUGCCCAGGCUUGGGAUGUGAUCCAGUCACACCCACUAGCCAAGCAAGGACUCGUUGAUGUCACUGAUGUUGUCAGGCGUCUGCGAGGAGCAGCCAAGUGCGACGGCCACGGGCCAGUCUUCGAGGAAAGCACAAUCUGGCAAGCCGUUGAAGAGUCGAGGCGCAGUGGUGGCGAUGAGCUCAUCUGAUCUCCAACUCCAGUAGGUCAUUGCUCAAUUUCCUUCUAUCUCUUGUUAAAAUGUUCUUCAAACUCUCGCUCAGCAAGAGUGAGCUUCUUGUUGGCGUUCUAGGGGCCACAGCUGGCGGUAUCAGACUGUAGGCAUGGGGCAGGAGUUUUUUAUGCGAUCUAUGACUGUCUCCACGGUCACGGCGGAUUGCUUUUCACUCAGAAUUGUUUCUACGAUAUCGAAUACCCCGUGGUUCAUGCCACCUUCAGCCUUCAAUGGCUGCACUUCAGCUCAAUGCACAAUUCAACUUCG